AUGACUCGGCCGCUGAGGCAAACCAGCACGACAGCACCUCCCACUGAGUGGCACAGGAGAACUGAUGUUCUGACGGUCUCCCCGUGGUUGGCCCCCAUCGUAUGGGAAGGAACCUUUGAUCCAAAAGUAAUUGACAGGAUAUACCAGCCUCUGAAUAUUACUGUGGCAACUACGGUCUUUGCAGUCGGAAAAUAUAUUCAGCUUUUGAAGCGAUUUCUGGAAAGUGCUGAGAAGCAUUACAUGCUUGGGUACAGAGUCCAUUACUAUGUCUUCACUGAUCAAAUGGACAAGGUUCCUCAGGUGACCCUGGCGUCUGGACGCUCCCUCACGGUGCUUCCUGUCCCGAGCUUUAGCCGCUGGCAGGAGAUCUCUUUGAGGAGGAUGGAGUUCAUUCGCAAGGCCAUCGACGACCACAUCCGCCACGAGGCCCACUUCAUCUUCUGCACCGAUGUGGACAUGGUGUUCGAGAACCGCUUUGGCGCGGAGGCGUUUGGUGAGCUGGUGGCAGCCAUACACCCCUGGUGGUACCACGCUGGGCGCAAUGAGCUCCCCUACGAGCGCAGGCCUGCAUCUCAGGCACAUGUUCCAAGAGGACAAGGUGAUUUCUACUAUGGUGGAGCUCUUUAUGGAGGCCAUGUAGACGUGGUGCACAGACUGACCAGCACAUGCGAGGAGCAACUCAACAUAGACAAGCAGAAGUCCAUUGAAGCCGCGUGGCAGGAAGAGAGCCAUCUUAACCGCUACUUUAUACUGCACAAACCCACUAAGCUGCUCUCGCCCGAGUACCUAUGGGACAAAUCUAAGGGGCCAGAGAAGUGGCUCAGAGUAGUUCGAUUUGCCACAGUGCUUAAGAAUUAUAAAACAUUGCGUCCCAACUAGUGCUGCUUUGAGGAGCUUUUGACAACCAUCACUUAUCAGCAACAUUAAAGACACAGGGUCAUUGCUCCUAAAACAAGAUUCAAAUGGCAAAUACAAAGACCCUACUCAAUUAAAAAAAUUGGAGGCCCCUCACAUUGCAGGGCUAUGAUUAAAAAAAAUAGCAAAAUGUAUAGCCAUAAGAAUUUUAAAAAGUUCUAUAAUCUAUAAUACAUAAUGACCAAACAGGUUUUAUACAGGGACGUAACAUAUCAAACAGUUUUAGACAGCUAUUAGAAGUCAUUGAAAACUAUGAUAAAAAAAAGAAAGCUAGACUAGUAUUUAUUGCCGAUUUUGA